GAAUUGGCGAGAGGCGGUUCUGAGAAGCGGCGGUUCCUGGAAGAAGCGGCCAGUGUUUCCUCAGCUGAGGUCUCCACGUUUUAUGGGCACGAUGACGGCGGCGGCUGACAGCUGCAUCCAGUUCACCAGGCACGCGGGGGACGUGCUCUUCAACAUGAACCGCCUGCGAAGCCGGGACAUCCUCACCGACGUCACCAUCCUCGUUCACCGGCACCGCUUCCAGGCACACAAGACCGUGCUCAUGGCCUGCAGCGGCCUGUUCUACGUAAUCUUCACCGACCAGGUGAAAUUCAACCUGAACAUGGUGACCCUUGACCCUGAGGUUGACCCCCAGGGGUUUGGGAUCUUGCUGGACUUCAUGUACACGUCCCGCCUGUCGUUGAGGGACAGCACCAUCAUGGCCGUGAUGAACACCGCCCUUUAUCUGCAGAUGGACCACGUGGCAGACACCUGCCGCAGGUACCUGCAGUCCAGUGAGGACAUCUGCUCGUCGGUCAGCCCGUCGCCACAGCACUACCUCUCCUCCAACCCCAUGCUCCCCCCGGAACUGGUCACCUUCCGCAAGGGGAUGGACCCCGAGGCACGGCCCCUCGACACUGCGGCCUACAGCGUACUGCCCCCCUCACCCCACCCCUACACCUUGUACCCCCACCUGCCCCUCCACGGCUACUCUGCCAACCCCUACACGGGGUCGUGGCCCGAGGGGCCCAGGACUCAGGGGAGGGGUGGUCAGCACGGCUGUGCCAGGCCAGGCCCCUGUCCAGCUGCUGACCCCACGGGCCUGGCCAUGGAGGGUGGGGCAGGACCUCAGUACCUCUCACCGCUGCCGCCCGCACCCAGGAGAGCCCCCCCAAGCGGAGUGGGGCUGGGUCAGAGGCUGGCGGGUGAGGAGGGGGGGCCCUCAGGUUGCCGCCUCCCCCCCGGACCACGCAGCCCCCUCAAGUCGGACUGCCAGCCCAACUCUCCCACCGAGUCCAGCAGCAGCAAGAAGGCUGGGCGGGGGGUCCCGGGAACUCCCCCCACCCCCACCCCGCUCCCCACCCCCCUUGGCCCUAAGGUCUGCAACUGGAAGAAGUACAAGUUCAUCGUGCUCAACUCCCUGAACCAGGCCGGGGGGGGCGACUCAGGCCCUGCCCCCACCUCCCCAAGCUGCCCCACCCCCGAGACCCAGACCCUGAGCAGCCCCUCCCCCACCCCUCAGGGCACCAAGAUCGACAGCGAGACGCAGGCCAGCCGGCUCGACAACCUCCUCGACAGGUCGCCGGACACAACCUCGCCGGACACGGAGCAGUCGUCCCCUGGGGCACCCCCACCCUGCAGCUCCUGCCAGUCGCCCUGUCUGCAGCGGCCCCCCCACUGUCGGCGCUCCCCCUCCCACAGAGACGACCCGGCAGAGACCCAGUCCGAGCUGUCGGACUCCAGCUCCGGUGAGGGGGGGGGAGAGAGGGUUGACGAGGGUGGGGGCCGGGAAGAGACGGGCCCGUUCCCCUGCGUGCAGUGCGAGUGCCGGUUUCCGGAGGACACGGCACUGCGGCGACACUUGGUGCAGUCCCACAGCCACAAGCCGUACAAAUGCGACAGGUGCCAGGCAGCCUUCCGCUACAAGGGCAACCUGGCCAGUCACCGGACCGUGCACACAGUUGGCUCUGCUGACCCGGCCUGUCCUGUUGCAGGGGAGAAGCCCUAUCGCUGUAACAUCUGCGGCGCACAGUUCAACCGACCGGCCAACCUGAAGACCCACACACGCAUCCACUCCGGGGAGAAGCCCUACAAGUGUGAGACCUGCGGCGCCCGCUUUGUCCAGGUCGCUCACCUGCGGGCCCACGUGUUGAUCCAUACGGGUGAGAAGCCGUAUCCGUGUGAAAUCUGCGGCACCCGGUUCCGGCACCUGCAGACGCUGAAGAGUCACCUGCGCAUCCACACGGGGGAGAAGCCGUACCACUGUGAGAAGUGCAACCUGCAUUUCCGCCACAAGAGCCAGCUGCGCCUGCACCUGCGGCAGAAGCAUGGAGCCAUCACCAACACCAAGGUGCAAUAUCAGGUCCCUACAGAGUGUUCGACCGACCCCUGCCGGGCCCGCUGACCCCCGGCCCAGUGACUUUCUGAGGUGGUGGGAUUCUGGAAUGGUUAAAGGAUUUUAGUUUGGAGUCUCCAGUGGUCAGAAUCCCGGCAGGUAUCGGCAGGGAGGUGUGUAACGGGUUUCUAAGCUUGUGAAAAGUGCUUGCAAUUAUUUCCUGUUAAUAGAAAUUGGAGUGUUUGCUUUUAAAAUAUGCAUCUCUGCCCAUAAUAUAAAGGAAUGUAUGAAUAUAUAAAUAUAUAUAUUUUUCCUGUGCUAAGCACAACAGAGUCGUACUAUUAUAUAAGAAUGGGAAGUCAGUCAUAUUUUUAACCAAAGUUGUCGGUAGGGCAGCAAAGGAGAGAUUGGUCGGACAGGUCAUCUGCAGGCAGAGUAUGGUCUGAACAUGUCUAUGGCUUAAAGCACUUCAGAUAUUUUGUCUAUUGUGAAAUGAUAUAUGUGCUUUUGAAAUAUUCUCAGCUGCUUUUGAAAAGUCAGGUUUACAUUUUCCCUGGACGCUCUGUGUCCCUGUUGAUGAAGCAGUCUCCAUGGUGCCUUCUGUGCCCAGGGUCCAGGGCCCUCGCCCCUCCACCCCAGACCUCCCCUGGGGUCGCUGGACCAUGCCCUCUGACCUGGGCCUUCUGAAGCGAGGGUGGGUGGAAACGUGGGCAACGAUUCACCAGGAUUUUUAUCAUGAACUGUAUGAUGUAGCCGCCAGAAUGUAAUAAAUGACUAUAUCGCCCUGC